AUGUCGUCCCUGGCGGCGGUUCGGGCGGACGGGUACUACCGGCCUCCGGACGGCGCGGUGUCUGUACACCGGCGAAGGCGGGGCGCGCAGCAGCAGCAGCAGCAGCAGCAGCAGCAGCAGCAGCAGCAGCAAGUAAUUCGAUUUGAACUGCCCUUUAAAGUAUUUUGUUUGUCUUGUGCUGCAGUGCUGGACCGGGGGGUCCGCUUCAACGCAAAGAAGCAGCAAAUUGGCUUUUAUCUUUCUUCUCCAGUUUAUUCUUUUUCUUUUUGCUGCCCCUGCUGCAGCAGCAGCUGCAGCAUCAGCACAGACCCGAAGAGCAGCAGCUACAUCUGCAGCAGCGGUUUGCGGCAGAAGCAGGAGGACUUGCCGGAUGCUGCAGCAGGCAAUCCGCUGCUGCUGCUGCAGCAGCAGCAGCAGACGCUGCAGGCCAACCCGCUGCAGCAGAAGGAGCACCAGUUCCUCCUCCGCAGGCAGCGGGGGCUGCUGCUGCAGCAGCAGCAGCAGCAGCAGCUUGCUGCUGAGGAGACGCCGCAGCAGCAGCAGCAGCGCGAAGAAAUCUGCAGCGCCAGGGAAGCCACUGCGCUGCUGCUGCAGCAGCAGCAGCAGCAGGCAGACGACUACGCAGCAAACCGCCGCAUGCGGCAGCAGCUGCGCGAACGCAAAACAGCAGCAGCAGCAGCAGCAGCAGCAGCAGCAGCAGCAGCAGCAGAGUCUGGAGAAGACGCUGAAGAACUCAGGGGAAUUAAAUUUAAAAAAAGAAAAAGCAGAAUUGAUAAGUUGACGCAGCAGCUAGCGAAGCGCCACGCCUCCAUAUUCCCCUGCAGCAGCCGCAGCAGCCGCAGCAGCUGCAGCAGCAGCAGCAGCAGCAGCAGCAGCAGCAGAGCCUUCUCCCUAGUUUGCAAGUCCGAAGCAGUCGCAGCGCGCCUCGCGCAGGCCCUGCAUGCAGCCCCAAAGGGCAGCAGCAGCAGCAGCAGGAACAAAAACAAGAACAGCAGCAGCAGCAGCAGCAGCAGCAGCAGCAGCAGCAGCAAGAGCAGCUUUAGACGGCUCUGCAGCAGCAACGCGGCAGAGGUGGGAACCUCCAGCCUUAUGCUGCAGUUCCUGCGGCAGCAGCUCGAAGCCGCUCUGCGGGGAGUACAGCAGCUGCAGCAGGCCCAACGCCUAUAUUUCUCUGCAGCAGCAGCAGCAGCAGCAGCAGGAGCAGCAGCAGCAGGAGCAGCAGCAGCUCCAGCAGCAGCAGCAGAAGCAACAGCUGCUGCAGCAGCAACAACGGAUCAGUUUGCCUUUUUAAGGUUCAUCUGCGCCAUCGCGCAGCACAACAAAGAAGAAGCAGCUGCUGCACUACAGCCCCAGCAGCAGCAGCAGCAGCAGCAACAACAGCAGCAGCAAGAGAACGAGCAGCAGCAGCAUUUUGACUUGCUGCAGUUCUCUCUGCCUGACCCUAUGCCUCCUCCCUUGGCUCAAUUUAUAAGUAAAGACUCCGACGCAGUAGCGCCUGCCAGCAGCAGCAGCAGCAGCAGCAGCAGCAGCAGCAGCAGCAGCAGCGACGACAGCAACAGCUGCUGGAGCAGCAGCACUCGCAGGAUUUGCGGGUCUCCGGGUUUGCCAAAAUGGCUGACAGUAAAUGCGGCUUUGAAGCGUUUGUGCUUCCUCACGUCCCACGUGGCAGAGGCAGUGCAGCAGUGCGCAGCAGCAGCAGCAGCAGCAGCAGCAGCAGCAGCAGCAGCAGCAGCCCCACAGGCAGACGCAGAGUUUGAGGAGCAGCAGAAGCUGCUGGGGCUGACGCUGCUGCAGCUGGUGCGCCUCUACCAGCAGCAGCAAGUGCUUGCAGUCAUGGCGGCGAAGAAGAGGCAGCAGGAGCAGCAAGAGGAGCAGCAGCAGCAGCAGCAGCAGCAGCAGCAGAAGCAGCAGCAGCAGCUGCCUGAGGGGGCCCCCGAGCCCCAGCCCGGAGAUGAGGAGGUUUGGCUGCUGCUGCGCUGGAGUGUACAUACAGCGCCGCUGCUGCGAGCCUUAGCAAAUCUUGCUGCUGCCUCUCCUGCCACAAAAGAAGCUGUUCUUAAGGAGAACGGAGUGCCGGUUCUUCUUACUUUCAAAGGCAUCGACGAAACUUCUCCUUUUUCUCGAGAAGCAGCAACAUUCGUGAGGGUUUAG